AUGAUCGGCAAAGGGUCUCCCAGUGGGAAAUUGACCGCCACAAAAGCGUCGGCCAGACACAAUUCAGACCAUAUGUUGAGUGUGGCUUGCAGUUUUGUUUGUUUUCGUUUCCGACCGCGACGCGUGGAUGGGAAGGGGCGGCGCGGUUCGAAUGACGUCAUAGAGCAGAAAAGUUGUAGGAAUUGGGCGAAAAACUACGGUUUUUGUUCAAUGACGUCUCAUUGAUUUUUAAAAGGACGUCAUCGUUUUAAAGGCUCAAAAAAUUUAGAUGACGUCAUUGAUAGGAGUAUCAACCUUCUAUGACCUCAAAUUUCAAUGGAUUUCUUGACCUGAACUAUUUGGGCAGUACUUUUUUGAAUAAUAUCCGGUCAUUGCCAAAUUUUUGGCCCUUCUUUUUUAUGAAUGACGCUUAAUUAAGGAAUAUCUUUCGCUGUCACUCUCAAGGUUCUCAAUAUAGCUGAUUCACAACUCGCUUGGGACUCUAAGGAGGCGUGUGCUGUCUGCGCUCUCCACGAACCAGGCGCUAUCUCGUGCAUUUUCGUGUCAGGAUCCAUAUUUCGAUGGCUCAAGCCAGUCGUGAAUCAGCUAUAUCUUGAGCCCAAAGUACUGAAGCAGUACUCUUUUUUGAUUCUUAUUCAUUUCUUUUUGACCCCACUGGGGGUCUGGGCCGUGCCCUGCAGCAGUGCAACGCUGGGACGACCCUUGAGCGGUCGGAGCAAGCUCCGGAUCCACUCUCGGUUGCAAAAAUAAGUUAACCUAUAUUGUACUCAUUCGAGCACAUACCGUAGGUUAAUACGAUAAGAACAGAUAGGUGAGCCAGCUGCGAUAGAGGUACUGUGAGCAUCCGCUCAGCCCUCCUUCGCCAGGGGAAGAUGAUUUGUGAGUAAGCCUUAGUUCCUGGUCCUCACUCGGACCGCCGAAUAAACGGGUCGGACUAGGUUGCUUCGGAGGUAAUAGCUACACCUAAGGUUUUGUGUCUUGCCGUAGUCACUGGUUGUUGUGGCUACAAACAAGACCCUUGGCGUAACCUGCCCCCUCAGCCCCACUUCUCCUUCAUCCACAUAGCUAAGCUGGAUUCCUCCGUCACGGCCGAAAGCGUUGGCGCUGGAACGCCUUACUCCCGGCCAGAGUUGCCCACCCAGAACAUUGCUGUUCUCAUUUUAGCCGCUGCGCGACUCAUGUCCGUUCUCCCUUUUUCGGGACGCCUGUCGGCUGAUGCCUACGGUAAGGACCUUUCUGGCAAGGAUGUUGGCUGA